AUGACAACAGAAUAAUUAAGUUCUAGUAAGAAAACAUGGGCUCAAUUAGCUGAAGAAGAAGAUGAUGAAAUUGAAAAUGGAUAGUUCACAACCAAUUCUGAGACUCUUGAUAAAAACGAGAUUCCUUCUUAACCUAUUUUGACGAAAUCUGUGUCAGAAUUUUAAUCAAAAACAAGAAAUGAUAGAUAAAGAAAUAAUAAAUAAAGAGACCAAGGUAGUAAUGGACUUAAAAAUUAUCAUCAAAAUAAUUUACAUUAGAAUAAAGGAAAUAUUAGACAUAAUAGAUAAAAUAAAAGUAAUAAAACAUCUAAAUUUUUAAGAUCCAUAUGAUGAAGUAUAUGAUACUUUGUUUGAAACAACUAAUUAAGAAAUACUCUUAAAAGUUAAACCUUAAGAUAAAAAUUAAAAUUUGCAAGCUGUUAAAGAAUAUUUUGAAAAACAGUAUUAAAAUAUUAAAGCAUUUCUCAGAAAUGAUAUUAAUUAGAUUGAUUUAUUAGUUUCUCCUAAAAUUGGAUUAUUGAUAUUAGAAGAUCAUAAAUUUAAAGUAUUAUUUCUUAUAACUUAAGAUUCUUAUUAAUGAUUCAUACUUAUCUAUACACUAUCCUUAAUAUCCAAAUGAGCCAUUAUCAGAAUAUUAUGCAAAUAAAAAAUAUUUAGAAAAAGAUAAAAAAGUAAUUUUAACUGCUCCUUUAUUUUAAAGAAGUGCUAUGAAUUCUUAGGUGAAUGAUUAAUAAGAUUGCAAUCCAAAAUCUGAUAAUGGUAGCAAAUAAGAUAUUAACAUUAUUGAGAAAGUUUAAAAUUAUUAAAAUUAAAAAGACAACUUAGAAUAUUAAGAAAAAGAAGAAAACAAUCCAAAAAACAAUUCACUAUAUGAAGAGAAAGAUUCUAAUAAAUAAUUGAAUUAUAAAUCUAGAAAGUAUUAUAAUAAUUAUAAUGAACAAUAUGAUUAUGAAGAAAAUUGCAAAGAAUACAAAGAUGAUAAAUAAUCAAAUUAUAAAUCUUAUAAAUAUAGAAAAGAAUAACAUUCAGAAAAAGAUACUUAUCAAAAUUAAAAAUAUUAUUCAAAUAGAGAUUAUGAAUACACAGAAAAGCAAACAUCUGAUAGAAAAUAAGGUCCUUAUGAAGAAAAAGAAUUAUAUAAAGAUUAUAGAAACAAUUAAAACUAUCAGAAUAAUAAUAAUAAUAAUAAUAAUAAUAAUAAUAAUAAUAAUAAUAAUAAUAAUAAUAAUAAUCAUCAAAAACGAUCUUAUAAAGGAAAUAUAAAAUAAAAAAAUGAUCAAUAUGUAAUUUAUGAGGUAAAACAAAAGCAAAAUUAUGAAGAAGUCUCUAAUAAUAUAGUCAUAAAUAGUAAUGGUAAUUUUGAAGACAAUAAUUACAUUUCUAAAAAUAUAAAAUAACCUAUUUAUGAUUCAAAUGAAGAUAAAAAUGAGAAUAUCCAAGAGGAUAGUAAAACUGAUCCAGAAGAAGAGUAAAUUGAAGCAAACAAAUCUGCAAAUAAAAAUAAAAAGAGGAAGAAAAACAAAAAAAAUUUAAAAGUAUGAUUUGAACUAAUUUCUAGACUUCAAAACCAAAUGACACUAACUUUUUUGGGAUAUUAUAGAGUGUAACAAAGUGA